CCCGGGGUGCCUGCCCGUGCCAGCUGCCUGGUACCAAACUCGUGAGACCCCCCACUCCGAGAACUCCCCUCCCAGUCACUUUGGGCGACACGCGGCUGAGAGGCAGCUACAACAUCACGGAACAGGCUGGAGUGGCCCACGGUCACGUCAUCACGGGUCUCACCUCACAGGCAAAGCAAGAGCCUUGGCUGUUGAUUUCCCUCCAGCUCCACCGUUCAGGCUUGCAGGGAUCUGAAGGCCAAACUCACAAACAGAAAUUUUUAGGAUCAGUGUGCUGAGACCAAAAUCCUGGCAGGCAGAAGAUGGGGAAGCUCAGUGCUGGGCAUUUCUGAGAGAUUCAGACAGCCUGGCCAUGAUGGAUUACUGGAAGUACUACAUCAACAGCAUCUUGGCGGACAGGAACGCUGAAGAUGUGGCUGUCGUGGGCCUCUCUGACAACAAGUGCGUGUGGGUGGCCAAGCCAGGAGGGCUGCUCACAGCCAUCUUGCCCCAAGAAGUGGGCUUGAUCACAGGCCAGGAUCGGAAAAUGUUCCUGCUGACAGGAAUCACCAUAGCUGGCAAAAAGUGCAGUGUGAUUUGUGACAACAUGCUGGUGGAUGAAGACAAUGCGAUGGACAUCAGAAGCAAAGGCAGUGACAGCAGAUCCAUCUGUAUUGGCAAGACCCCCAAAGCCCUGAUCUUCCUCGUGGGUGAGAAGGGAGUCCGUGGAGGAGCCCUCAUGCAAAAGGUCCAUGAUAUGAUUGUGGGCAUGAAAGCAUGAAGCAAAUACUGCCAAAGAGACAGACAUCUUCUCCCUGAGCACGGGGGCACGGUCGUUGCUGUACCAGAGAAGGGAAAUAAACCAAAUUUUAUUGCA